AUGUCGAAAAAAGUGCUUAUUAUUCAGCAUUCAUUAGGUAUUUGUUCUCCUUACCUAACCAAAUUCUUCUCUGAACAUAAUGCUCCAUUUGAAAUUCUUCCUAUUUACGAUUCUGCUUAUCAAUCGCAAUUACCAGAUAAUAAUACCAAAGAUUAUUCAGUUAUUCUUAGUCUUGGUGGAUCACAAAGUGCAUAUGAAGAUGAUAUUUAUCCAUAUUUAAUAUGGGAAAAAUCAUUUCUUGCUGCUCAACUUACUCUUAAUACACCUAUUCUUGGUUUAUGUCUCGGAGCGCAAAUACUUGCUGAUGUUAUCGGUGGGCAUGGCCAUUUAGGAAAAUAUGGUUAUGAAGUUGGCUAUGUUCAAUAUGAACUUACAUCUGAAGGAAAAUGUGAUCCAAUUUUGUCAAAAGUGUUUGAAAAACAACAAAAGAAGCCAUUAUUCAUUAUGCAUCAUGGAGAUUCGUUCGAUUUACCAUCGAAUGCAACUAUUUUAGCUUAUACAACAAAUAAUUAUAUAGCUGCUUUUCGAUUUGGUUCAGCAUAUUGUGUACAAUUUCAUCCGGAAGCAUCAUUUACUGAAUUUAAUGAAUGGGUACAACAAAUACGUAGCGAUGAACCAGAGUUAUAUGGAAAUAUUAAUAUAGAUAAGAUUCUAUAUCAAGCACAAGCAUGUGAAAUACAAGCUGAACAAUCACGGCGAUUAUUUUUUGAGACAUGGUGGAAUUAUAUUCAAGAACAAUAA